AUGGCUGCUGUCGGGCAAGAGGCCGACACUUUGGAUGCGGAGGAUGCGAACCCAGUAGCGAAGUUGGAGCUGGUGCCGCAAGCGUUCACCGGUGCGGAGGAUGGCACAGAGGUGCAGCUUCUCGUGCGGGUGGAGGGGCAAGUUUACAGGACCUCGGGGCAAAGGAUCCGAGCGGGCAAAGCUGUGUGGCUAGAUGAGCACCACUUCACCUUUGAGGCGUUCACCUGGAGAGCUUCGCUUGAAGUGCAGGCGCUUUCGCUCACAGGUGGGCAGGUGCUGGGUUCCACCUCUUUGGAGUUUCUCUCACUGACUCCUGGGCGCUGGCAUGUGCUGAAGGAAAAGCUUUGCGGCAGUGGCAGGAGUUGGAGUUAUGGGCCUACGUGA